GCUUUCAGUUCAACCUCACCUGUUGAACAACAGCAGCAGCUCACGCUGCUCUGGCAGUUGUUCCUGGGUGGGAUUGAAUCAAACCACGUGAAGAUAACAAAAAAACCGGCAGGAAGUAUAAUACAACGUGGCUGUCAGCCUCACAGCAAACAGUCGGCGAGCUCGAAGAAAGGUAACGCGACUCUGACUUGAGCGUCUCAAAGUGAAAGCGCUUUAAAAGUUUCCUGAAGUGACGUUUCGCUACAGUUUUUGUAUUUUUUGCCGCGGUUCGUCUCUUUAAUGUCGCCCGGAGUUGCCACUAUGUUAUGAAUGAGGACCCACAGCUCUCAACGUUUUCCAGAAAUGCCCCAACAUAACAUGGAGAGCACCAGGAGCCCGUGGCAGCAGGGGCUGCGGCUGCCGUGGAUCACCAGAGUGGCUGGAGUUCAGAGCCCCGCCUCCUCGGGGGCGGAGUCGGAUACAGAGAGUAGUAGCACGGAGAGUGGGCGGUCCUGCAUUAAAAAGCUGGAGGCGGGCUCACUGAGGAUCCUGCCGUCAUCGCCCUCAAUGCUCCAACAGCGAAUCACAGAGAUCGACCAACAGAAGGAGGAACUAAAGAUCGAACUGCAGCUGGAGAUCGCCCUGCUGCAGGGAGAGCUGCAGACGGAGCAGACCCAGCUGCACAGACACACACAGAAGCUGCAGGCUCUACAACAGGAGGUCAGACAGAAGGAGAAGCACAGACACACCGGCAGACAGAAGGAGCGAGAGAGUCUGGAGGAGGAAAGGCGGAGGGUGGAGGAACUGAAGCGGAGGUGCGAGGAGAAGGAGAAGCUGAUCCCCAGUCAGCCAGAGAGCCAGAGAGAACAGCUAGCACUGCAGCUGCAGCAGGAGAAAGAGGCGAUGGAAGCGGCCGUUCGGACCUUUGACGACUGGGAGUUUCGUGUUCUGGAGCAAGAGAGCGGCAUUGAUGAGGAGGACGCGAGCACGGUGGACGAAGAGAAGGCGGGGGAGAGUGAUAGGGACAUGGAGAAGCAAAUCUCUCAUCGGCAGCAUGCGGUCAACACCUCGCAGGAGCGAGUCCAGCAGUUACAGAGACAGCUGAAGGAGAUGGAGAGGGAGAAGGAGAGGGACCUCAACGCCUUGAGGAAGGAGAGGAGAGACCUCGUUCACACUAAUCAAAGAGUUCUCAAAGAGAAGAAGCCUCUCACUGAUUGGUCCAACAUCAACGGCUCAGCCCCCUGCAUGAUGUCAUUUUCCCCUCUGACCGUUCACAAGCCUCCUCAGGAACCAUGCAAAGAAUCGGCCAGUUUGCCCAGAAGACGGAGCUCAUAUCGCAGCAACAAGCUCCACGACAGGCCGCUGUCAGCACAAGGGCUGGUGAGGACGCUUUCAGACAGCCGGAACCCUGAGGCUUUCACUUCCCCCCUCGUCUCCCACAGGCUCAGCAACGGCCACAGCAGCGACCGCAGACAUGGGAACAGCAACGGCAGCGGGUUCCUCACUCCGUGCAACAGCGCAACAAGCUCCCGCGCUGCCAGCCCGCUUCUGUUGGAUCUUGUGGAGAUCGAGAAGAAACUGAGGGAAGCCAAGGCAGAGAGAGAGAGGCUGCUCAGAGAGAGGGAAGAGCGACGGUGGUUGGUGUUGGAGGAGAGAAGGCAGAAAGAGAGAAACUCUCCCAAAACAGAACCAGAGGACCAAGAGACCCCACACAGACCAGAGUCAGAACCAAAGGAGCAACCAUCGGCCAGUUCUCCCCCAAACUCUCCAGAGCAGAAGGACGUCCAGCAGCAGCUCAGCCUGCCCCUCUUCCUCUCGCCCAACUUUGACCUCCGGGCCCACGUGGAGUCUCUGGGUCACGGAGUGACCGGCUGCACGGACCUGCGGCUGACGCCUCGAAGCUGCGGAGGCUUCCUGACCAAACGAGGAGGGAGAGUAAAGACCUGGAAGAAGAGGUGGUUCCUGUUUGACAUGGACCACAAACGACUAGCCUACUAUACAGAUUGCGAUGAGAGGAAGCUAAAGGGAGUCAUCUACUUCCAGGCCAUAGAAGAAGUUUACCUUGACCAUCUACGAACGGCCGCUUCUUCUCCGCGGCCCAGUCUGACGUUCUGCGUGAAGACGUACGACCGCCUUUUCUUUCUGGUGGCUUCCAAUCCGGUGUCCAUGCGGAUUUGGAUGGACGUCAUCGUCACGGCAACAGACGAGCACAGCCGUUAUUGACCUCUUGCAUAAUUGACUGUAAAAAAAACCUCGAGUGAAGCCACUGAGUGGACAAUUGCAGUGAGCCGUUUCACUCGGUCCGAGGAGCUGGCUUGGCUAGAGAUCCACCUCAGGCUCUGAUUCUGCACCUGGACUGAUGGAUCUGUGGACGAUUGUGCGAUGCGGAGGUGCAGUGGUUCGAUAUGCCGGACAGAUGUGCUCGAAUCACAGCAGGGGAAACUGUUACUUGAUGUGGCGGCAGAGGUUCACCGCUGAACCGGCUGCAAACCACAAGCAACUUAACACACGCGGUCUGCACACUGGGAGUCUGUUACUGGGAGGUUUCACUCUUCUAACCCUACCUCCACCUGCUGGACAUAGUCCAGCAUCACAGGACUGGUGUACAACACACGACCACACACUACAACAGGGAGUGGACACAAUAAUAGCAACACUGUACAAUAUAAUGCAAUCCAAUAUAACAACCUAGCAAUAAAACCACCAUGUUGAUUUGUGCUGUGAUCAUUUUUUGUGUUGGAUUGUUUUAUACUGUCAGGUGUUUCCACUAAUAUGUCCAUAUCAUGCAUCUUUGUUUUAUAAAUUACAUUUUCAUGACUUAAGUUAUUAUUUGGAAAUUUAUAUGGGUUUGAUAUGCAAAUAAAUGAAGGCAUACACUGUUAUGAAUGCACUAUUAAAUGUUUAUUUGUAAAAAAAAGUUAGCUGUACUUUGCUCUUUUUUUUUUUUCUAUGUAAAUAUUAUUGGCAUCAUCAAAUAAUAACAAAAGCUCCCAAAAGAUAUGUUGCAUUUCUUUUUCAGUCUUUCAUGCAGUCUUCAUGGAUUCAUAUUUCGCACCAUUGCAAUGUCUGCAUUUGGUACCUUUCUUCCAGUAGUGCUUCUUGCAGUCUCAAGAUAUAUAUAAUAUUUCAACAAUUACUAGUUAUUGGUUUGGUGUCGAGUGCCCUAUUGUUCCUCAC